AUGUCGGACUCUCAACCCUCUGCUCAUCCCCCUCAGCUGGAAGAGAUCCCAGCUGCUUCAAACACUUUCCCUGCUUUGCAGAAUCAGAGGGUUCACAGGUUAGUUACCUACGUUUUUGUCUACGAAGACCUGAUAUCCUUGACCUGUGGUGCCGUUAUCAUCUGGUAUUUCGCCGGCAGCUUUGAGAAGAACGUUGGCACUGUGAAGCACUGCUUCCUCACCGUCGCAUUUGCUGUCCUCUCCGCCCUCCUGUACCUCUUACUCGAGACCGUUGUCUCGAGGGUGUCAGAGGUGGAAGAUGCCAAAGGAUUCAUGCCAGUAGCUUUUGCUACGUUGGGUGUGUCCACCACCCGCUUGCAGAUGAAGAGGACGCUGUUUUUUGGGGUUAGAGUUCCAGUGGUGCUGGUGCCGUGGUUUAUGCUCUGCAUAGCAUGGUUUAUCCCCGGCUCUUCUCUCUUGAGUAACCUGUGUGGGCUCCUGGCUGGGGAAGCCUAUGGUCUCGGCUACUGUUUCUGCUUGGAUUUUCCAGAGUCGGUGGGCUCUAAGCUGGACCGAGUGUUGCCUUUCAGUCUGCUAAAAAGGAUACCAGGGCUGAAAUAUAUCCCAGGGUCCUUAGCAGAGAGAAGAGCCUUCGAAAGCAGCAAGAUUAACCCUGCACCAGGGGCUUACCCCACCCAAAGCUACUACUGCUCUUCGCCUCCGGCUCUUCCUGCUUUCCAGAUGCAGCAUCCCAAUGCUCAGAGCCAAGGGUUUCAACACAGCUGCACUCCAGGAUGUGGCCAUGCUCUGGGACACGAGGGAUCUCAGCACGGCCAUGCUGCAGGACACGGCCUCCCUUCGUCCCCCUACCAAGCCAGAGGUGCCUUCGGAGAACGUAACGCACAGGCCCACGCUGGAGCCUCGCCUGGACAGCCCUGCCAGCUGGGCAAGUUCUCUCCCCCACAGCGCGUGUGCCCGACUGAUCCACAGACACCCGCAGGCGUGGGCCCCCUGGUUGGGGUUCAGCAAGCAUCAGGGUAUCCAGCAGCCACAGCAGCUCCUGUUUCAGCUGAAUUUUCAAGAGUCCAGGUGUAUUGA